AUGGACGAUGCGACCGCAGACUUCUUCCAAAUUGCGGGGGAACGUGAAUACUGGACCGGAUAUGAUAUUGGCAGGGAGUUUGAGCUUGCAAAGAUUGACGAUCACGACUGGGUACCGGAAGAAACGAGAGCAAAGGUGCGCGAAUGGGCAAAGACGAAGACGGUCCCAGUCCGACCCUGUGAUGAUGGCCAGCAGAAACCGUACAGGCCCAUCAUCGAUCCGUACGAGAUACGAGUCCUCGAGGUCAAGCCGGGUACCAAGGGGGAUAAGCUCCGAGGCUUUCUACACCACUGCUCGGUCGAAUACGUCGACCCCGAACCAUACAACCAGUCCUUCAUCAGGGUGCGCUACGCGCUCUCGAUGGACGAUCUCGUUACCCCAAUAUCCUACACUGCGUUGAGCUAUACCUGGGGCGAUAACAUCGUCGACGCAAUGAUCGAAUGCGACGGCCACAAAAAAACAAUCACCAAGUCUCUCGAGUCGGCCCUCCUCCAUUUCCGUAAAGAAGACGAGUCUGUGAUGUUGUGGAUCGAUCAGAUCUGCAUUGACCAGGGCAACAACGACGAAAAGGGGCAGCAGAUCCCCCUGAUGUCAAGAAUCUACCAGCGUGCCACCAAUACUGCGAUCUGGCUCGGCGAAGCGGGCGAAGGCUCUGACGUGGCGAUCGAGCUCCUCGAGGAGGUCAACAUCCGGUUGCAGUUCACGACGGAAGACGAUAUUGACCCGAAGGAGUUCAAGAGGAUCGGCCUGCCGGAACCUGAUUCACACGAUUGGCGUGCUCUAUGGAAGUUGCUGUCACGGGAGUGGUUUACGAGGGUCUGGAUCAUCCAAGAGGUCAUUUUGUCGAGGGAUCCAUGGGUUGCUUGUGGUGACUCGCUCAUCACUUGGGAGAAUCUAUCCAGCGGGUGCAUGCAACUUGUCACGACUGGAAUCUCUGCGUGGCUGCGGAAGAAGGCUCCUGAGUGGGCUGUUGAGGAGGCUGCCAAGGAUGCUGGAAAAGCGGUUGCAAAGGAGGCUACGAAUGAUAGUAAAACGGAUGAUCGAGACAUGUGCGAGCUGGCGUGGCAGCUUCACCGGAUGAAGCAGUCAGCCCAAGACAGCGAUAACACGCUGGUGCCGCUGCUCGUGCAGUCCCGUGGGGCGCAGUGCUAUAAUUCGAGAGACAAGGUGUAUGGAUUGCUUGGGGUGGUCAACGAGGAUCAUCAGGCCGCGGUGAAGGUCAGCUACGCGGACGACUUCCCUGCUGCGAAGCUGUACCAGCAAGUCGUGGCGCACCAUGUUUCUCAACACCCCACGAGAUGGGCACUGCACGAGGUCCUGGCGUGCGUGGACCAUGAUUCACCCCAUUUGCCCUCUUGGGUCCCGGAUUGGAGCAGGCCUCGUCUGACAGUUGCGUUGGGAUACACGACUGCUUCCCAGGGGAUUUACAGAGCCCAUGGGAGAUUUGAGCGGAAGAUGUGGAUUAGCGAGGAUUUCAAAGACUGGGAACGGUUGCCUGUACGAGGCGACGAGAUGUCUGUGAAAGGGUUCCUCGUCGAUACCAUCUCUACAACCAGUUGGGUUAUCGAGAACCCUGAUCUUACGUUCGAAAACCCAAUGAAUGGGAAUCAGACACUGCUCGAGGUCUGGAAGUUUGUUUCUGAGAUGGUGACGUACCCGCAGCCGCACACGCUAUUCUCUGCGCUGUGUCAGACUCUCGUGGCGGGGAGAAACGACACCGGGAAGCAGAAGUGUCCAGAGUCGUACGAAGAGAUCAUCAGCCUUUUGCUGGACGCGUCAACUGGCAUGGAACCUUCCAUCUCUGGACAGACCUAUACCGCGCGGCAGAAGAUGCCCAAAGGAAAAGGCAGGCUAGAGUUGGAGAGGCUGAAUAACCACAAGGUGGGAUCUGCUGGGGAUACUUUCCAAGAGCUUCGCACGGCGAUGGUUAAUGCGUUGAAGAAUCGGAAGUUGGGCGUCACCGAGAAGGGCCAUCUGGGAUUAUUCCUUGGGCAUGCCAAAGUUGGGGACCAAGUGUAUGUCCUGGAGAAUUGUCAUGUGCCGUUCGUGAUGAGGAAGACGGAUGGUGGGAGGUUUCGACUUGUGGGGGAGUGCUACGUGCAUGGAAUGAUGCAUGGAGAGGCUAUCGGCUCAGACGCAAGUUUGACUGAGGUGGUUCUCAUUUAG